UUGAUGGAGAAUAUUUCAGAGGUGACAGAAUUUAUUCUUGUUGGGUUAACAGAUGCCCCGGAGCUUCAGGUCCCUCUGUUUAUAAUGUUCACUCUCAUUUAUUUUAUUGCUCUGGUUGGGAAUCUUGGAAUGAUUGUGUUGAUACUGUUGGACUCUCAGCUCCACACCCCCAUGUACUUUUUCCUCAGUAACCUCUCCCUGGUGGACUGUGUUUAUGCCUCAGCUGUCACUCCUAAGGUAAUAGCGGGGUUUCUUACUGGAGAUAAAGUCAUAUCCUAUAAUGCAUGUGCUACCCAGAUGUUCUUCUUUGCAGCCUUUGCCACUACUGAAAUUUUUGUCUUGGCCUCAAUGGCUUUUGACCGUCACGCAGCAGUGUGCAAACCCCUGCAUUACACCACCACCAUGACAAGUACUGUGUGUGUCCUACUGGUCAUUGGCUCCUACAUCUGUGGACUCAUACAGUCUUCCAUCCAUGUUGCCUUUACUUUCCGUCUCUCCUUCUGUCACUCCAAUGUAGUUCGUCACUUUUUCUGCGACAUUCCCCCACUGCUGGCUCUUUCUUGCUCUAAUAUAUACCCAAAUGAGAUUGUGCUCUUCACAGUGGCAACAUUAGACAUCGUUUUCACUCUCUUGGUUAUCUUAAACUCUUAUUUGUUUAUAUUUAUUGCGAUUCUGAGGAUGCAUUCAACUGAGGGACAGAAGAAGGCCUUCUCCACCUGCACAUCCCACUUCACCACUGUUUCCAUUUUCUAUGGGACAAUCAUCUUCAUGUACUUACAGCCUAGCUCCAGUCACUCCAUGGACAAAGACAAAGUGGCCUCUGUGUUUUAUACGAUGGUCAUCCCCAUGCUGAACCCUCUGGUCUACAGCCUGAGGAACAAGGAGGUGAAGAAUGCAUUCAAGAAGGUUUUUGGAAAAACAAAGUCUUCACUGGGCUUAGCUUUCUAA